UUGCCGUUGUCGGAGCGUCUGUUCAGUUUUCAAACAAAAACACAUUGUAACAUUUCCCGUUCCUUUAGUUUUCCUACAGUACACAGUGUACAACCAAGUGGAGGAUGAAAUUAGAAGAGUUGAAUUUAAUGAAAUACGGAGAUUUGUGGAAGAUUGCCAAGAAGAAGUUAAACAUUACCCGUCGUAUGUCAAAGGAAAAACUUAUAAAGAAACUGCUCCAAGAGCACGAAAAUCAUCUUUCAGAUGAACGCUUCAUAUCGGCCGAUGAGAGUACAGACAAUUCCACUGUAGACUCUGAAGUGUUGCAAGACUCAGUCCCAAGACGUGGUAGAAAACGUGGCAAACAGCAGAAUGAAGAACAGAAAAAAACAUUACCUGUUACCAAAAAAGCAAAGAAAGGGUCAGUUGAGCAUGCCUUAAAUUCCACAUUUUCAGUAGAUGAGGAGGAAAAUGGAUAUCAGAAAGCCAAAAAUGUCGUAGAUUCAACUUUGAUAAAGGAACCACAAGGAACCAUUUCCAGAACUUUGAGAGGAAGGAAACAAGCUUAUUUGACUGAAGAAUCUUCAGCUAAUGAAUCAGAAAAUGAUAAAGUUUCUACAAGAAAGAUAAAAAAGUCAAGAAAGGUUGAUCCAAAGAACCAGACCUCUGCUAAUUCAGAAGAUGAAAAGAGUGUGAUGGGAAAAACUCAAUCAUCCGCCUCCGGAGAUUUUGUCUUGAAAUCACCAGCUCAAGAAUUAGAGCUUGAACAAAUUCCGAAAAGGAAGCUGAAAAAAUCAGCAAGCGCAGCAGUACGGUAUGUCAGCGAAGAAUCAGAGACCGAGAAGGUGCCUGCAAAGAGAACAAGGAGUUCUAGUAAAGCUGAGUCCUCUGAGCAAACAGAGCUGACGCCUAAUGUUGCAAAUGACGAUGAAUCGCACUUAGUUGAAUCAGUAGCGCAAAACGAAACGAAAGGCAACGACAGACUUACGACAAGUUUUGUUGUUUCUUCAGAAACGAAACCAACAGUGUCGACCCCUUCAGUGGUUACUGGGAAAAAAGCUUUGCUACUGAGGACGUCAAGUCAUCCAGUAAGAAGUCGAACUACAAUUUCUAGCACUCCAGCUAAAACAACCGUCACGUCUACUGGCAGCGCCAAAAAGGUGUUCACGACCAAUGGUGAAACCACCCACACCCCGAAACUCGGCAAACCCAAAGCGGCGCCCAAUUUCGCCGAGAUCCACCAAAAGAAUUUUUUGAAAAUGCAGUCGGUCGACGAGUACGUGGAGAAGAAACGCAACAGGACUGAAACUAUGUCUGCAAGCGUUAAAACUGUUUGCGCCAAGUCCGUGCUGAGCAACGUUACUCCACAAGCUACAGCGCCGGUGCCUCCUAAGAGCAGAGCUGCAAUGCAAAUCGUUGGCACAACGCCCGUAUCAAAAGAUAUUAAAUUUAACUUCGUCUCAGGAUUACAAAAGCCCGUUUUCACGGCCAAGGGUCAAGUGGUCAACGGAAAGCAACGAGUGAUGGCCACAGUCAAGGAAAACCUCCACAACGCGUCGCAAAUUUCAGCCGUGACGGCAACGACGACAGCUGCUAAAGGCAAGAGGAAAGCAUCUAUGCUGAACGUGUCGAGAGAAAUAAACGCAUCCAAACUGUCACUGGCCGGCAAACAAAUUCUGAAAGGUGUCAGGACAAACAGACGUUUCGAAUUGCAAAUGCAACACCGUAACAUGAAAAACUAACGAGGGAAAAAAGAAAAACAUAUUUAGACGUUGGCGUCAGAGUAUCUGCCCAGCUGAUCCGUUAGCGACAAAAUUUUCCGACUUAAUCUAGCGUUAUGCUCUUUUAAAAAAUGAAUAGCUUCGGCCUGUUUUUCCAGUAACGUGUCGUCUGGCGUUUCCCUAAAAAGUUCAAGAAUUUGAAUAUACAAUUUUUAAUCAUCA